AAAUGCGCCAAGGGAGAACAUUUGGGCAUCAUUCGAUUUCUGAUUUUGCAACGAAGACGUCGGCUCACAGGCCCCCUGGAAAAGUAAUCUUGAGUGCGGUUCGUCUGCGAAACCGGUAAUAGUUCGAUUCGCUGUGUGUUGUGCUGUUAGGAAAAAUCGGAAAAACCGCGCUCAUUUUGCAUCAAGUGGAAAUGCGCUGUUUUCUGCCUCUGGUGGUCCUGCUCUUGGCAGCGGGUGUCCACGCGGAUGUCUCCCACCUGGACACAGAUCUCCAGGAGGAUGGCUACCAUUACAAGCAGCCGUCGGUGCCCUUCCCGCCUCCGGGAUCGGGAAAUGGCAUUGAGGAUUCGGGCAUAGGACCAGGACCAGCUCCCUCGGCUCCGGCCCCAUCCUAUGGACCCCCGCAGACGCGUCCUCCUCCGCCACCUCCGCCACCACAGCCGACUCCACCAGCUCCUCGUCCUUCUUAUGGACCUCCUCAGACUCAGCCACCACGCCCACCACCACAGCCAACUCCCUCGGCUCCCGCUCCACUACCAUCUUAUGGACCGCCGCAGACUCCACCACCCCGUCCUCCGCAGCCAACCCCUUCGGCUCCAGCUCCAUCCUAUGGUCCACCGCAGCCUCAGCCUCCGGCACCACAGCCACCUUCGCCACAGCCUGGCCCGGAGUACCUGCCUCCAGACCAGCCAAAGCCACGUCCGACACCCUCGCGUCCUCAGCCGCCUCCACCACCACCACCACCUAGGCCACAGCCUACUCCAGGCUACGGACCACCACCGCCACCACCUCCGCCUAAGCCACAACCUACUCCAGGAUACGCCCCUCCUCCACCACCACCUCCACCAAGGCCACAGCCCACUCCAGGAUAUGGACCGCCACCGGGACCUGGACCCGCCCCUCCAGCACCACAGCCGCCAAGCCCACAACCACCACGCCCUCAGCCAGGAAAUGAGUAUUUGCCACCUCCUGGAGAGAAUGAGGUCACCCCGACACAACCGCAGCCAACUGCGCCAGUGCCGGCACCACCAGCAGGACCCACAUAUCAGCCACGCCCACAAGCACCACCAGCUCCUGCACCAGGACCCACUUAUCAGCCCCGCCCACAAGCACCACCAGCGCCUGCACCAGGCCCCACAUAUCAGCCACGCCCUUCGAGUCCGCCUGCACCCACAUAUCAGCCACAACCUCCUGCACCACCUGCUCCUGCUCCAGGACCCACCUAUCAGCCACGUCCGUCAGCACCAGCUGCACCCACUCCGGAGUACGGAACACCACCCGCCAGUGGUGGCGAUGAGGCGGGCUCUCUGGGUCCCGAUGGCUACAACUACAACAAGCCUGCCAAGCCCUUUACCUUCUAGAAAAGUACUCAAAACCACUGUCCUGUGAACCACCAUUGGAGCCAGUUGCCCCGCCACUCAAAUCUUUUUCCAAAUAAAAACAAAUUUCA